AUGGAGGAGAUCAUCAAGAAGGACUUGAAGGUGCUCGUGGUGGGAGGCGGCAAGUCCGGCUGCGACAUGAUUUGCGCCUUCCAAAAGAAGGGCUACAAGCAGCUCACCUGGCUCUUCCGGGCUCCCUAUUGGUUCUUGAGGUAUGCCCCGGUGACCACGGGAGGCUUCAAAGGUUUCCUCUUCCUUUGCAGCCUCCUCCUCUUCCUCUUCUCCUACCAGCUGCCCGUCCUCGUGGCCUGGCUCAUCGGAUACCUGGUGCUGCCUAAGUCCGAAGGAGGCCUUCUGCCCCAGCACUUCGACGGCCGGCGCUUCCACUUCGGCAUCCUGGACGACAAGCAGGUGGCCUUCGUGGAGCAGGUGGCCGCCAAGCAGGGAGAGCCCAAGGAACUCACCAAGGAGGGCAUGCAGCUGGAGAGCGGAGAGAUGUUGAAGUGCGACGUGGUGAUCUAUGCCACAGGCUACGAGACCGGGUGGGGUGAUCUGAAGUUGCUGAAGGAUGGCGAGGUGGUCGAUGCUGGGGAUGUCAAGCUCUACCACCACGCAGUGGUGCCCAACUUCCCCUGCCUCAUGUCCGCGUCCACGGCCUUCUUCCAAUUUGGGCCAUGUCGGGGUCUCACCACGGCGCAGUACAUCACCUGGUACCUGCAGGCUGCCCCAAGCGAGGCGGAGAUGAUCGCCACAGCUCAGCAGAAUUGGUCGAGCCAGAGUGCCGGGAAGUCCAACGGCUUCCGAUCCGACCAUGCCUUCACCGCGGAGUUCCUGCUCUUCUACCUGGACUUGUGGCGCGGGGGCAUGGUGUCCAUCUUCGGAAUGCUCAAGAUCUUCGUGGAUCUCUUCGUGGUCAGCAAGAUGUCGCCUUUGGUGCUGAGGAAGGGAACCAUGCCCGCCUUCCCGCAGUAG